AUGUUGAACGGCCCUUGGACUGUUCGAAAUGUCAAGGGAGGUGUUUUUGGUUUAAUUCAUCACCCUGUCUACUGUGUCGGUCCACACGAAGUUUACCAACAUUGCGACGCCCAUUGCGACCAAAUGUGUGAUGGGAGCAACAAAAUGGGUUUAUCUUGCGAUUACAGGAUCUGCCUGGCAGGAUGCAACUGCAAACCAGGUUACGCCAGGAAUGACCAGGAUAAAUGUAUUAGGAUUACGGAAUGCAAGAGACCUCCUAUCAAGGAGAAAAGCAGGAAGAAGAAAAAACUUCACAAGAAGCCGAAACCAAAUCGUGUUGAAAGAUUGGCAUGAAUUGUUAUUGACCAGCAUCUGGGUUUGGGCAUUGAUUGGCAGUUUUGUAUUUGGACCACCAAGUCUUUGUGGAAAUUUUUAGAAAAUUUAAGUUUUCUUAUCAACUACAUUCUUGCUAUUUUAUCAAUCAUCGUCUCAAUUCAAAAAACAAGUGAAACUAGAAAGUGCUCAGAACAGCUUGGAUUUUGUAGUUUAUUUCUUCAUUUCAGA